AUGAGGAAGAGGAAAGAUGGGAAAGAGGAGGAUGAGGAGGCUAAGUUUGAGCUUUAUGAUGAAGGAGCCUCCGAUGGAGUAGGCGGCGGCGAGAUCGAUCGGAGGUUCUUGAAGCAGGUUUACGAUAACGUCCAUGGAAACAUCCAGAUCGAUCCGCUCAGCUUGAAGUUCAUAGACACUGAACAAUUUCAAAGGCUACGAGACUUGAAGCAAUUAGGUCUUGCGUACAUGGUCUAUCCUGGAGCAGUACAUACCCGUUUUGAACAUUCAUUAGGUGUCUACUGGCUUGCUGGACAGACUGUUCGUUCUCUUCAGGCCUAUCAAGGCUCAGAGCUUGAUAUUGACCGUUUUGAUGUACAGACGGUGAAACUUGCUGGUCUAUUGCAUGAUAUAGGUCAUGGACCUUUCAGUCACAUGUUUGAGCAUGAGUUUCUACCAAGGGUCGUUACUGGGCCAAAAUGGUCUCAUGAGCAGAUGUCAGUGCAGUUAGUUGAUUACAUUGUUGAUGAGCACCAUAUUGACAUUGAUUCAGACAGCCUUAGAAAAGUAAAAGAGAUGAUCACAGCCAGUUAUGUUCCGUCAGUACAAAUUUCUACACAGAGCAAAAAAGAGAAACGUUUUCUAUAUGACAUUGUUGCCAAUGGUCGCACUGGGAUAGAUGUUGACAAGUUUGACUACAUUAAUCGUGAUUGCCGAGCUUGUAAUAUUGGCUGCAAUUUUCAAUUUAGAAGGCUGUUGGAUAGCAUGCGUGUUAUGGAUGAUGAAAUAUGCUAUCCUGCAAAAGAAUAUCUUACUAUCCACAAAUUAUUUGCCACACGUGCUGAUCUUCAUCGAACAGUUUAUACUCAUGCAAAAGUAAAGGCCAUAGAGCUUAUGCUCGUAGACGCACUUGUGAAAGCAAAUAAUUAUCUCUCCAUAGCUUCCCAUAUUUCAGACCCAGCACAGUACUGGAAGUUAGAUGAUACAAUCAUGAAAGCCAUUGAAACAGCUCCAGAUGAAGAACUGAAAGAAUCUAGAGAUAUACUCCGACGAAUUCGUAGGAGAGAAUUAUAUCAGUUCUGUAAUGAGUUUGCUGUUCCAAGGGACAAAGUAGAGCACUUCAACAGCAUAACUGCACGGGACAUCAUUUGCUGCCAGAAAUCUAGUGGAGUAACACUAAAGGAAGAAGAUAUUGCUGUUAGCAACGUCCGAAUAGAUCUGAGUUGUGGAAAAGAUAACCCUCUCGACAGGAUCAAUUUUUUCCAGGAUUACUCGAGCGAGAGAAAAUUUCCCAUCUCAGAUGACCGUGUCAGUCAUCUAUUGCCUUCAUGCUAUCAGGACAGGAUUGUGAGAGUUUACGCCAAGAAACCAGAGCUGGCGGACGCAAUAUCGGAUGCAUUUGAGAAUUUGCAGGUGAAGAUGUACGGAGGCACACUUCAUGCCACGCCCGAGAAGAAGAAACAACGCAGGAAGUAACAUGUUUUCAGUAGUCUUCUUUACAAUUACCCAUAUUUCCAUGAUAUAGUAUACAGAAUACACUAUAUCUUCUUUAUGUUUUGUAUAUUAAAGGAACUACUUCUUAACAUGCAAUGAUCGUAUACAUAGGUGGAUAUAACAGUGUAUAGGCAUACAGUUGAAUUUUGUAUAGCUGGAAAUAUCUGGCUAUUUUAUAUAUGUUUUGACCUGCUGUUAAUGGGCUUCUGCUAAAGAAAUGAAGUCAUGCUGCUGUUGCUGA